AUGGAAAAUAUCAGUAUGCCUAGUAGUCAACCUCCCAACUCUUCAAUAGAGGGACCUUCAGGGGUGGAAGCCCAAACUGUUGAGCAUAAUGAACAGCAGAAUGUGCAACCUCCUGCUGCAGUUCCUGAAAAGAAGAGGAAGAAGUGGGGGAUUAGAAAUGUGUUUUCUGUGACUGUUGAUAAUGCCUCAUCAAAUGACACUGCUAUGGGGUUUCUGAAGAAAAAACUAGUGUCUUGGGGAUCAUCUACUACGAGGGAAAAGUAUCUUCACAUGAGAUGCAUUGCCCAUAUCUUGAACUUGGUAGUUCAAGAUGGUCUGAAAGAUUGUGAUAGUUCUGUUAAGAAGAUUAGGGAGGUGGUCAGAUAUGUUAGAAACUCUCCUGCUAUGCUUAAGAAGUUCGGGGAUUUGGCUCAUUGGUUGAGUAUUAAAAAAAGGUCUUCUUUGUGUUUAGAUGUUCCAACCAGAUGGAACUCUACCUAUUUGAUGUUGCAGUCUGCAUUAGCUUACCAGAAAGUGUUUGAAUCUUUGGAAUCUGAUUGUUCUUUCAAGUCUGAUUUGGGUAAUUCAAUUCCUGAUUUUAUGGACUGGAAAUCUGUUGGCAGUUUGGUCCAGUUACUGAAGUGUUUUUAUGACAUGACCAUUUGGAUUUCUGGUUCUUUAUAUGUCACCUCAAACACAUUCUUUACUGAGAUUUCUGAUUUGUACUGCCUAUUGAAAGACAUGGUGGAAGCUGGUGGGGCAGUGGGUGAUAUGGGGAAAAAUAUGAAGGCAAAAUUUGAGAAGUAUUGGGACCCUCGAGACAAGUUAGAGUAUAUGUCUACUCAGUUUAAUCAUCUCUAUGGUGAGGUAAAGGGUAAACCAUUCUAUGACAAAGUAGUUGCUGCUCUGGAUAAAUUAUUUGAUGAUUAUUCUACAUCUGCCUCUUCUAGUGUGAGUUCUGUCCCUUGUGUGCCUGUCUCUUCUGUGCCUAUUUCUGUUCAUGCUAUAUCUGCCUCUUCUGUUUCUGUUGGGAAGCCACAACAUUUACUCAAGUCCCAAAUUAAAAAAACAAAGAUUGGAGUCUCGGGGUAA